UAGAGGGCAAAAAAAAAAAAAAAAAACAAAAAACAAAGAAAGAAAGGAUGGCAGCUCUUAUGGCAACCUUGAUCGUUUGUCUCACUCUCACCAUCUCCAUUGCCAUGGUCACUGCAGCGAGCUCAACGGUCCAAUUUGUGUUUGGGGACUCCUUAACGGAUGUCGGCAACAACAAUUUUCUCCAGUACUCCCUCGCAAAGUCGAACUACCCUUGGUAUGGAGUUGAUUACAUUAAUCGACAGCCUACUGGGAGGUUCACCAAUGGAAGAACGAUAGGAGACAUUAUAUCUGCUAAGCUUGGGAUUCCAUCACCACCACCAUACCUUUCAUUGUCGAUGAAUGAUGAUGCUAUCCUCCAAGGCAUCAACUUUGCAUCAGGAGGAGCUGGCAUUCUCAAUGAGACAGGAGUUUACUUUGUCCAGAAGCUUUCUUUUGACGAUCAAAUAACUUGUCUUGAGAAGACCAAGGCUGCAAUCACGCUUAAAAUUGGCGAAAAAGCUGCCGAGAAGCUAUGCAAUGAGGCAGUCUACUUCAUUGGCCUUGGUAGCAACGACUAUGUUAACAAUUUCAUGCAGCCCUUCUUGGUCGACGCUCAGUUGUACACACACAACGAAUUCUUAGAGCUCUUGACUCUCACCUUAAAUGGGCAGCUAAGGAGGCUUUACGGGCUCGGAGCAAGGAAGGUGGUGUUCCAUGGAUUGGGGCCAUUGGGUUGCAUCCCCUCCCAGAGAGUGAAGUCGGGGACUGGAGAAUGCCUCGAGGAAGCGAAUCAGUAUGCGCUGGAGUUCAAUUCACGUGUGAAGAAGCUGCUCGUUGCUCUCAAUGCUAAGCUGCCCGGUGCUCAGAUGGCUUUGGCCGAUUCCUAUGACAUCGUCUUAGAUCUCAUCAACAACCCAGAACGCUAUGGAUUCAAGAUUUCAAAGACAUCGUGCUGCAAUGUGGAUACCACCGUUGGCGGCCUAUGCCUGCCUAACUCGAGGCUUUGCAGCAAUCGCUCAGAGUACGUGUUUUGGGAUGCAUACCACCCCACUGAUGCUGCGAAUGCAGUGAUCGCUGGACUCCUCUUUGCUGAUCCUGACAUCCGGCAAGCUCCUUCCCCAGUAUCUGAACUUGCUCCUGCCCCCUCCCCUCUAUGAAGGGCUACCACAUCCUGAUUUCCUCCAUGUUGUUACAGAAUUUAGAUUUUAUAGGGGUUUGUUUAGACACAUCUUAAAUGAGGUCUUCAACUAUUACAAUGGCAAAAAAAAUACGCAAUACACGAGUGUUAAUGAAUACUCUGUUAAUACAUAUACUCUAUUCCUUCAAAAUGAAAAGACAGGAUUAAAUGCUUA